ACUUGUUAGAACUUUUAACAGGAAGUUUGGAAGGAUUUUGAUUCACCCCAAUAAUUCGAAUCUUUUGAAUCGCGAUUCUUUCAGUGUCCCUUUCUGCGAGUUACAGGUCCAUGUGAAUCUUUGUUUUUUGUGUUUGUAAACGGGUGCAAUGGCUGCUUCAUCAGAAAUGCUCAUCUCUGCCGCACAGAAGUUAUUGUGUCCUCGAAAGAAACGUUUAUCCCCGUCCACGUGUCUUGAUGUGACUGUUCAAAUAAUGGCUGUGGAUCUGGGCGUCAAACCUGCGCUGCUUUACGACAGCAAUGCAGCAUCUCCAGAGCAGCUUCAGAUGUACCUCAAAUCUCUACAGGAGUCUGGAGUUGUAACCAAUCCACUACGAAUUCUGUCCAUUGAUGAAAACACAUUCAUUUUUAAUCCUGCCACUAUUGAGUCCCACUUGGAUGAUCUUCUCCAAAGCAAAAGUCUCCUUCUGAUUGACGUAUGUCCCUCAAUAAAACAACCUGCCUUGGUUGGCUUUGAAAAGGCAACUGAGGAUAUGAUCAAAACUCUUUCAGAAUUCUUCAAGAGUGAGCUGGAGAAAGGUUUCUCAGUGACUGUGUUGGGAGAGGAGUUGUAUAAUGAUUGGAACUUGUGCACUCUUUUUGGAAUCCUGUUAGGUUAUCCAGCCUCAUACUGGUUUGACCAAACUAAAGGAUUUGGGAACUGUCUGUGUAUGACACCACUGGUGGUGUGCACGGUUUGGGUCAAAUGGCAGACAGAUGACAUAAAUCAUCGCUGUUGUCUUUACUCAUUUAGUGUUCCUGAAGAGCUCUGGUCAGAAGUACAAAGUCAUGUGCAACGGUGGACUGAGCACCUGAGAGAGAGAUUUAACAAACAGCCAGUUCUGACUGAUCUCUGCUUUUCUAGAGAUACUGUCACUUUGCCCUCUGUGACCCUUUGAACAAACCUGAUUUAUGUUUCUUGCUUAUUGUUUUCUCAAAUAUGCAUCACCUAUUUUCAGUAUCAUUUAUGCUCUUCAUAUAUUUCUUACCAAAGCAACAUAUAAUAAUGUGUGCAUAUAAUAAAUUCAGGCAGUGAAUCUAAACCUUUUAUCCAAAAUAAAUAAAUUGUAUUUUUAAAUGUAAUUUAAAUGUAAACUAUAUUGUUGGUUAGUUCUAACUGCUCAGUGCAACUAUAAGGCAUGAAGAUAUUAAUAUAUUAGAAAGAUUUACACCAGGAUUUUCUGUAAAACUGCUUUGAAAUGAUGUAUAUUGUGAAAAGCACUAAAUACAAUUGACUUUUUUUUUAGGCAGAACA